CAAUAUCGACCAUUACGAAACUCAAGAAGCUCCCUUAAUCAGAAUCGACUUUGUGUUUUCCCUUUUCUCUCCUUUGAUUAAAUCAUACAAUCUCUUCUCUUCUCUUCUUUAUCUCUGUAUCACCACCAUCUUCGAAUUCCCUGUCUUCCAGUUGAAACCCUAGGAAGGGCUUUUAAUCAAUCUUCUGUGUUUCGUGUUUUCUCUGCCAUAACGCCGUCAGUGUACGGUGCUCGAUUGACAACAUUCGAAGAUUCUGAGAAGGAGAGCGAGUAUGGUUACGUUCGUAAGAAUUCGAUUUGAAAUGGAUCAGAAGGAUUGCAGAAUUUAUUGAAGGCAUGCAAUAGGUGCUAGUUUGGUUAUUAAACAGGUUUGAGAAUGCUUUCUUUCGAGCCAUUAAGUCCUAGGAAGAUGAAAAAGCAGUUCCAUUCCCUAAGAGCAUUCUAGUGCCUUGCUUAAUGAUAGCCUGAUAGCAGCUUUUAGACGGAAUAAAUUUGGUUCUAACAACAUGUCUCCAGCAUCAAAAGCUAAGUCCAAGGAUAAAAAAGCUGGCAAGGAACCCCAAAAGGCUUCAUUGAAGUCUUCAGGAACAUCUAAUGCAGGUAGUGGAAUACCAGCUAGUGCAUACAAUCCUCUUUCUGGAACAUUUCAUGCACUUGAAACAGUUCCAGCAUCCUCUACUUCAUCUCUGCACAGCAAUGGCCGAUUCCGGAAUAUGGAUGAGACAGAUGAUCACUUCGGCAGCGCACAUGGGGCUGGGGUUGAGUAUGAUUCACUUUCAAAUAAUGGUAGCUGGUCCGGUGAGUCAGAAGAUCACAAAAAGAAGACAUCUAAUCUUCCUAAUCAACAGGAAACAAUACCAGGGGCUGACAAUGACAAGAGGGAAAAAAUCCGUCAAAAGAAUGAGAAGAAGCAUCAACGUCAAAAGGAGAGGCGAGCCCAGGAAUUGCAUGAGCGAUGUAGUGGCUAUCUCAUGUCAAGAAAGCUAGAAGCACUUGCUCAACAGCUUGUUGCAAUGGGAUUUUCACAUGAACGGGCUACUAUGGCUUUAAUAUUAAAUGAAGGCAAGGUAGAAGAAUCUGUUUCAUGGCUAUUUGAAGGGGGUGAAGAUGCAGAUAAGCUCCAGGGUCAAAACCUUGGUGGGGGUAAUUUGAAAAUUGACAUCUCAGACGAGCUUGCUCUGAUAGCUGAUAUGGAAGUACGAUACAAGUGCACUAAGCAGGAGGUUGAAAGAGCUGUGAUUACCUCUGAAGGUGAUCUUGAGAAGGCAGCAGAAAGUUUAAGAGAACUGAAGCUUGAACCACCUACUGCUCCCCCAAAGCCUGAAGAAACUGGUGAUCCUCCAACGGCUAGUAAAUUUUCAGUUGCACUUAACCAGAGUGUGGCGAGACGACAACAACAACAACAACAACAAAAGUCCAAUCCACCUUCUAUGGUACAACAGAGAAGGGAUGACAAGGAUUUUAAUUACACAAAGACAGCUGUUCCAGUUGUAGGAUCUUCAGAAUCUGGGAGUAAAAAUCUGCAGCCUAUGAAGAGAAUACAACCGAAGUUGGAGUGGGCAAAACCUCAGCAAACUGCUGUGCCAUCUGAUAAAAGGUGGCCAAGUGCAGGGUCAAGUCCUCCUGUUUCUUAUUCUUUGGCAUCACCUUUGCAAGUCUCGCCUCCACCAGCCAAGAUAGAAACGCGUUAUGUGGCUGCUGGAAGUGAAUAUAAGGAUUCUCACGCCGCAAUAGUUAGGGAGCCAGUCAUCAUGAUGCAAAGAUCUCAAUCUGUAAAUGUUAAGCAGGUUCCAGCUACAAGCAUAAGCUCUUCUCCUCCUGGGACAGCUGCCAGUUGGUACCCUACAAAUAGUGUUGAUAUCAUGAAGUCCAGUGGCUUGAUGCCUCAUAUUCCCACCACAAGAAGUCUCAGCCCAAACAAUUUGAAUUCAAAUCAGAUGUUCCAUCAACUGCAUUAUCAGCAGCAACAGCAACAUCAACAUCAACAUUUAAUUCCAAGCAGUAGCCCGAUGGAGUCUCCUGGAACAAGCAGAGGAAAUGGCUUGUGGAGUAGGACAGUUCCGUCACCAACACUUGCAGCUGCUUCUUCUCUUGGACUCUUCUCUGGGUUGGGUGGUUUAGCUGGUUCAUCAGGGGCCACUUCGCCAGUUGACUGGAGCACUGCUGGCUCAAUGGCACAGUUAGACUACACCAGCAUAGAUUGGAGUUUGGAUAGAGGAUUGUCUUCUCCUAGCCAUAAUGGAUUGUGGCUGGGAUCAGGUUCUUUGAAGAACAACACCCAAAUGUAUGAUUCAAGUACUUCUGCCUUAGGUGCUAAGCUGACAAUGCGAACAGCUGCAAGUGGGAAUGGUGUUCGCAUUCCAGGAUUGCAAGACAAUGGAGUGGCAAAUGCAGAAACAUCUGCUACUGGUUCUCAUGAAUGGACAUCUCCAUUUGAAGGGAAAGAUCUCUUUAGUUUACCCAGACAGUUUGUUUCGUCUCCAUCACUGUAGGGUCUGGGGGGGAAUGAUUUCAAUGAAUAAAAUGGAAAAAGAAAAAGACCUGAAAAAUGUGUUGAUGAAUUUGAUGUUGUGUUGCUUCUUAUGA